AUGGCGAGCAAAACAACCAAGCUGCUUGGCCUGGCUGCCCUCUCCCGAGCCCUGGUCUUGGUCGGCAUUGUUCUCUCCGAUGCAGCAUUUGUUGAUCUGGAUACUUCUGCAUCCCAGCAGAAUCGACCCUGUGAUCGGCAGUGUUCCGGCACAGGAACCUCCUGCCUAGCCGGUGGCAGUGCCCACACAACCAUCUUUGAUGAUGUGUCGGCCUGGGACUCGGUGUUCUUUGUCCGGGUGGCAAAGUGUGGAUAUGAAACCGACAUGAUCAAUGCCUUCUUUCCGCUGCUGCCCUUGGUCAUGCGAUUGGGUAGUGCCUUCCUCUUACCCCUGCACGGCCUCAUGCCGUUGGAGUCUCUCCUGACACUGGCUGGCCUGCUGGUCAACAUCGCCGCCUUCUCCGCGGCCGCCCUUGCCCUGUGGAGGCUGUCUGUGCAAGUGCUGGGGGAUGAGAGGUGGGCAGACGCUGCCGUGCUCUUUUUCUGCAUCAAUCCAGCCUCUGUGUUCUACUCUGCGGCCUACACAGAGAGCCUCUUCGCUGCCUUCACCUUCUGGGGCAUGCUCCUCGUGUACACAAAUCCCUGGACAGCGGUGGCCGCCUUCACGCUGGCAGCCAUGGCUCGCUCCAAUGGCAUCCUCGGGUGCUGGUUCUUGAUGCACGCGCUGCUUUCUAGCACCUUCCGGACUGGCAGGGUGUCGUGGACCGGCGUCCUGCGAUGUUGGAUCGGGUGCCUCACCAUCUGCGCGCCCUACGCCCUCAUGCAAGGCAUGACGCGGGGGAUGCGGGGUUACUUGACCUACUGCGGCGUGGGUAGGGAUGCAGCACUCCAGCCCCCGCCCUGGUGUCAGAGCACAUUGCCAAGCCUGUAUGGCUAUGUCCAGCGGCAGUACUGGGAUGUGGGUUUCCUGCGCUUCUACUCCAAGCUGGAUCGGUGGCCCAAGGUACUCCAGUCCAUCCCCGUCGCCGCACUUUCCUUCGCCGGCUGCUGGACCUGGGCCUGCGCGGACUGGGCCUGCGCGCUAUCGCUGGGCAUGGCGCGCCGCGCCCCGGCCAGGCCGCUCAAGGCCCCCGCCCUGGCCCCCUACAUCUACCACUGGGCGCUGAUGACGGCCGUGGCCGCCACCGCCAUGCACGUGAACGUGGCGACGCGCUUCCUCUCCAGCUGCCCGCCCCUGUACUGGUACGCGGCCGCCUGGAUCAAACAGGGCAGGCGCCCCGCGCUCGUGCUCUGGGGCUGGGCGCUGGCCUUCACCGUGCUGGGCACCCUCCUCCUCCCCAAUUUUUAUCCCUGGACAUGA